AUGCAGUGGCGCACGGGCAGGCAUGUUGCUGUGCCGCAGGAAGGAUGCACCACUGCGCAGGCGUACUGUGCGGUGGUAGAGUCGGUGGUAAAGGUUCCUCAUGACCCAAAAGUCUCGGCGCUGCUUGCGGCACUCCCACAAGCAUGCUCGCUCGAUGAAGCGUCGACUGAAAUGCGCGUAGCGCUCGUGAGCGUGUGUAAGACGCUGCGUCACGCACAGUUUCGCGACACUAGGUCAUGGGAGUGUAUACUGGCUACGCUGAAUGCGUGUCCCGCAGCUGCGCUAUUGUGCCAUGCGACGAUUAUGGACGCGGUGCACGACCCAGCGGCGCCGCUCGAGCAUGUCCUUGCAGGCUUGGUGUUUGUGCUACACGCAUGUGCGCCGUCGCAGUUGUGGGAGACAGGAGAAGGGAGGUGGCUGCCUAUCCUUGUACUGAACAGCAUUCUCGACCACAAAUACUUGGAUGUCAUGCCGCCCGAGCUCGUCUUUGCCGUGCUGGCGUUGUUUAUGCGGUCGCUCUAUACCCACGCACCCGCGCUGUACGACCAGAGCUUGAAAUUGAUCAUGCAUGCAUUGAUGGAGCAGCGGCAGCAUAUGUGCGAGACUGCAAGCGUGCGCGAGCGGUACGGCACGAUGGGCACGCUUCUGCUCGAGGAGCGGAUUGUUGCGGUGCUGCAUCUUGCGUGGGAAGAUGGACAAUCGCCGGGUUUGUAUCUGCGCGGCGACCCUGCUAUUACUACCGUACUCGAGCUCUACACGCCGCAGAUUCUGCAGGCAGCCGAAAAAACGCCGAGACUUGCGCGCACGCUUGGGCUUGCCAUGGCACACGACGCAACAAAAGUCGUCAACACAUGGCUGUACCUCGCAGAGUCGAAGCGCGAGAUGGAGCGCCUGCGCAAAAAAUAUGCGCAGAAAGAUCCCAUGGACGACGGUGCCGACGAGCACCUGUACCGCGAGGCGCUGCAGACCUACGGCGCCGCGAUGCAGCCGCCCACCUUUGCUACAGAAGUGUGGCGGCACAUUGCGCUUGGCUUUGGCACCUAUACUGUCUCGGCGCCCCUUGCAGCGUACUUUAUCGCAGCCGCUGCACUCUGUGCCCCGGUAUACCCCGCACCGCUGAACGAGCACGAAAAGCCGAAGCGCCUCACAUCCGCACCCUCGCCUGCGUACGACACAUUUGCACUGCUCGUCACGCAAGUCGUGGUCCAGGAGCGGCACGCAAUGAUGACCAUUCUUGAGCUGUACGUCCAUGCGGUAGAUACGGCGUCCAUGUCGAUGAAAACGGUGCUUGCGCGGUGCCUGGACCCACUGCCCACACUCCUCGCUUCUGCCAGCACCGAGAUGGCCGAAGCCACCUGGCGUCUGUUGCGCACGGUAGAAGACGACUCCCUUUCGCAUUUUGAUCUGCUCCAGGCGUGCCUGCUUCGCAAUGGCAAGUGCGGCGCACAAGGACUGCUCCAAUUCCUCGAGACCUACCAAUACAUUGCAGCGGCGCUGCCAAGUGCCGUGCACGGCGCCCAAGGUACCAUACAGUUUCUCGACGAGCUCUUGCACGUUUUGUGCGAUCAAAACUUUGGCUUGCUCCACCCUUUCAUUGGAUGGGAUGUUGACCAUGUUGUUCUGCUUGCGCUAUGGGAAGCGAUUGCCAAUUGCAUUGCGCUUAUCUUUGAAAAGGUGCCUGGCUGGUCGCGGUACGUAAGCCGCGAAGCGCUUCUCCCGUGGCUCUCCAAGGUGCCUGCGCUAGUGUCGUACAUGCUCAAAAGCACUCGAAUCAUGCACGAGGCUGUGCCUGCGAGUGCAACAAAGUGCACCGAGGCGCUUGCUGUGCCGCUGGACAGUGCCAUUCUGUGGCUGCGACUGAACAACGAAGAGUUGCUGAACGAAGUGCUCGACUAUAUUCGGCGCGUCGUGCAGCGUUUUCGCCGUGAGGGCUUGGCACUUCCGCAGCACGUCAUCCAGCACGCCGUCGACUUUCUUACCCAGCAGCUGGACAUUGCGAGCGAUAGCAAGCGCAAGACGCUGCUGAGCACACCACAGCUCGAACUCAUCUUGGAAGAGUUUCUUGCCUUGCCCCGGACGCACCGUGCGCCGCCCCAGCCGAAAAAAGAAGGACCGCUGCGGCAGCAAACGCUGUCGUUUGGGCAGAGUGUACCUGUUAUUGAUCUCACCACCAACGCAUCGCCCAAGCCGCGACCAAACCUCUUUCACGCCGCGCAACAGCUUGCCACGGGGAAUAGAAACAGGGUCGGGAGGUCGGAAAAGCCCGCCGCUGCAGGUGCACUGUCCAAGUUUCGCAACGAGUUCCAAGCCACACGCAAUAUCGCUCGCAAACCACACGCACCAUCGCGUACGCUGGACCCUGAAGAGCCGCGCGGCCCGCUUGCAACGACAGGCGCUGCAGGCAUUCCAGUGCUGCCGCCCGUGCCUGUGAAAAAGUUGGCGGUGGAGAGCGAGUCGGAGUCGUCGAGUAGCGAAGAAGAAGCCAAAGGGCUCGACGCGCUUGCCUCGCCACGGAAGCAAGCGCCACCAAAGAUUGUGCAGCCGCUGCGGCGCUCGGUCGUGCUGCUGGAAGAUGCAGCGCUGCAAAACACGAUGCGCAAGGCGAACGAUGCGCAACGCCAGCGGCGGCUGCGCGAGCCAGCCGAUUAUAGCGAGCUGUACAAAUGCAUUCUCAGCUGGGACGUCGGCGAAACGUCAACGUUCCCUCCGCCGUUUCACGGCGAUCUCCUCAACACGGCUUGCAAGCCCGUUUCUGCUACAUUUUCAAACGUCCAGGACUACAUGCGCGUGUACGGCGCAUUGUUCCUGCUUGAGUGCUGGGCGCAGUUUCAGCAAGCGGUGGAAGUGCUGCACGAGGCGGAAUCGAUUCCCGUGGCACUCCAGCGCACAGGUUCGGUGGACACGUUUACGGAUCUGGACUGCGACGCGGCCAAAGCGCCGAAACACUGCACAUUUAGCGAUACGGAUAUUGUGUGCUUGACAUGUACGCCAAAAGACCAAAAAACGAUUCGUGUGCUCGGCAAGGUCCGGCUUGUGCAAAAGCGCAUUCAUCUCAGCGUGCGCCUGCAUCUGACCACGCCGGCGCAGCGCAGCGCGCUUGCCUAUUUGCAGCAGCCGGGGUGGCAUAUGUCCAAGUUUCUGAGCAUAACUACGCUGUGCCGCGAGUAUGCCGCACUGUGCAGUGUCCCUGACUUGACGCUUGCCCAUGACAUUCUCAAAGCACACACUGCAACGCGCGCAAGCGUCAAGCAAGCGGACAUCGAUGCAGCCGUGCGCAAGUUUGGCAUAAACGUGCCGCAGGCCGAGGCCAUUCUUGGAUCUAUGCGCACCCCUGGCUUUUCGCUCAUUCAAGGCCCGCCUGGCACCGGAAAGACCAAGACGAUCAGCGCGCUCGUUGCCACGUUUCUUUCGCGCCGGCGGCGUGCCGAGGACGGCAGUGGGCAGCGCUCGAAGCUGUUGCUAUGUGCUCCGAGCAACGCGGCGAUUGACGAGAUGGUCGCGCGUAUCAAAGACGGCGUGUACGUUGACGGCAAUCUUAUUCAGCCGCGCUUGGUACGUCUUGGGCGCGAAGAUGCAGUGAACCCUGCCGUGCGUGAUACAACGCUUUCAGUAGUCACAGAACGUCGCAUGCAUGUGGGCGCAGGUGUGGCAAAGCGCGAAGAAAAGGCGCGCAAGCGACUGCGCCAGGUGGAGGAGGAGCUGCAGCGCAAGUACGAGGAGCAAUCGCGCACGAACGACAAAGGCGCUGCACGCAAGCUGCAGCUAACUCUCAACGAGCUGCGGGACCAGCGUAUGGAAGUGAAGGAGGAACUGGAAAGCGUGCGCCGCUCGAUGGAGUCGACCGAAGACAUGUCUGCAUUGCGACAUCACGAAGUGCGCGCACAAGUUCUGCAUGAAUCUGAGAUUGUAUGCGCAACACUCGCAGGCGCAGGCCAUAGCUUGCUCUAUCCGCACACGUUCGAGACGGUCGUGAUCGAUGAAGCCGUACAGGCAGUGGAGCUGAGCGCAUUGAUCCCUUUGCGCUACCAGUGCAACCAGUGCAUCAUGGUGGGCGACCCAAAGCAGCUGCCGCCCACCGUCAUCUCGCGACAGGCAGAAACACUGGGCUACACGCAGUCACUCUUUGUGCGCAUGUAUACCCAGCGCCCCGACAACCUCUAUCUGCUCAACAUCCAGUACCGCAUGCAUCCGGCCAUUAGUGUAUUCCCUUCUACGGCCUUUUACGACAACCGCCUGGUCGACGGCGAGGGCAUGGAAAAGCAUGCCGCACGCCCGUGGCACAAUGUAGCGCUAUUUGCCCCGUUCCGGUUCCUGGACAUUGGUGGUGCGCCGGAAGAAAAGGCGCGCGGACACUCGCUGCAAAAUCGAGCCGAGGCCGAUGCAGCCAUACGGCUGUACGAAGCGCUGGAACGUCACGUCCAGGAGCCCAUUGCAGGCAAGGUGGGGUUUGUGAGCAUGUACAAAGGCCAAGUCCAGCUGUUGCGCAGCAUGUUUGUGGCGCGUUUUGGGCGCGAGCACGCAGAGUUUGCCGAGUUCAGCAGUGUGGACGGAUUCCAGGGGCAGGAAAAAGACAUUAUUAUUUUGAGCUGCGUGCGCAGCAACGCCAAAGGCGUGAUUGGGUUUUUGGGUGAUUACCGCCGCUUGAAUGUGGCGCUUACGCGUGCGCGAAGCAAUAUGUUUGUGAUUGGAAAUGCACAAAUGCUCCACGACGCGGAUCCGGUGUGGAAGAAACUUGUGGGCGAGGCAGUCUCGCGCCGUUUGCUGCUCUCUGUGUGUCGCGAGCUGUUUGCGAAUCCGAUGCGUGCAUUGCCGAGCGCUGUGCAGCCGCCGGACAGCAGCCCACAGAAGAGAAGCAUCCAGGGCGUGGAUGCAUGGCCAAAGCGGCGAGUGCUGGAGCAUGACACGCAGCGCAGAGUAUCUAAACCGCGAACUGCCGGGCGCGUGCCGCCCAAAGCCAUGGCGAGUGCAGCGCCGGCAGCGAACGUACCGGCGCAAGCGCCGCUGACAGCACAUGCAGUACCGCAAAAGCCGCCGACAAAAGUACCGGCACUGCCCGUGAAGCCUGCCCCUGUCCCGAAACAUGUCCACACGCCUGCACAAGUGGCCCCGACUCGCAGCGAAGCGCCCCCCAACGCUGGGAAAUGGGCAGCGAUUGUGGCACGCGCCAAGGAGAAAAACAUUGGCCCACAGCGAAAAUCAAGCACCACGCCGAUUCGACCUGGUGAAUCCCAAACAAAAGCGGAUGGGCCCAGCUGGCUACGACCGAUGCGCCCAGGGCAUACUCGUAAACCGCGCUGA